GCACGCGACCUGCAACAUGGCAUCACUCCCUCUCAUGCAUCUUGUUAUAGCUAGCCACUGACUUCAACUUUCUACCUGCAGACGCCACCCUGAUCGGGAUACUCUUGGAAUCUCCCCUCACCCCGAGCUGCCGGCUAUAACGACCGAAUCGUGACGCCGCCAUGGACGAAUCCCUCGAGUCGCACACGGCUGCGACCGCGCGUUUCGCUGCCUCGACCACAGCUUCAGCUUCGCGGCUCCUCUCUAGCCACAUCCUGACCGCCGAUACCAUCUCCCGAGCGACGUCGCCGGACCUGCCCUUGUCCGAUGCCUCGGAUGAGAAUGACAAGAAGCGGUACCGUCCGCGGACGUUUAGCUACUUCCGCCUCUUGCCCUUCGCUGUCGAGGAGGAGCCGCAUCGCGAUGCUGCGCUGGCCGGCAUCCUCAAGAAUCUAUACACUGCGCUCAAGGCCGAAGACUUCUCUCCAGGAGCUCUGCACUGGACGCGUGAGUUGCAGGGAUGGCUGAAUCUCAAGUUCGAGAUGACGAGAGAGCUGCGUGCCCGGCUUGCCAAGAUCUAUUACCACCUCUGUCUGGCUCCGGGACUGGAUAGUUCGACCGCAGAUCGGUUUGCGAGGAUGAUGAUCACGUUGACUAGGAAAAAACACUACCUGAAACCCGGCGAGGACUUGACUCUCGACUGGAGGCCAUUGUGGAAAGAGUUCAAGGGGCUGGUUCUCCCAUCCGAAAUGGCGGCGCACCAGGGGAGCAGGAGGAAGUCUCAGAAGUUCCUCUUGAAGCUCUGCCUGCACGCCAACACUUACUUCGACCCUUCGGAGAGACGGCAAAUGCUUGACGAGUUCCUUCCUUACUUCAGUACGGGGGACUUGACCAACGCCUACAUCGUCGUCGGCGCCCUGAACGUCAUGAUUCCCACGACUGCAGCACCUCUGGCCGAGCCUCAAUCCCAACCAUCAGACUUUGUCCCUACCUUUUUCCACCUGUGGUCUUUAAUGACGAGGUCGAGAACCUUCGAUGUCUGCUUCAUUGACAUGUUUUCGCGCAUGGCCAAAGACUUCCUGCAGUGUACUCAUGUCCCCUUCACGGAGCAUGGCAUCUUCACCAAGGAGCAGUCGGACCUCAUCUUUACUGCCAUCCUGAGGUUGACAGACAUCCCUGUUGGGCAAGGCGCAUCUCCUUACUCGUCCCUCGAUAGUUCUCGAGGCGUUGGUAUCUUCCUGGAUAAAGACAAGAGGAAGUACCCCAUCCCCUAUAUGAUAGCUCGGUGGAUUGUUCACUCGGUAUCGCCCCUUUGCUUCAACGAGGAGCGUUCAAUCAUGUCCGGUCUAGAGGGUUUAAUGGAAUCGAUUGAUACCUUUUUCCAUCCCUCGAACCAAGGAAACUGGACCAGUUUCCUGGCCCAGCUGACCUAUUACUUGACCGACCUCUUUGUGUCGCGCUGGAACCGCGAGCAGAGCGGCGAACUCGAAACGCCGCCAGAGCGACGCAUCAACGCCGAGCUGAAGAAGCGCUUCGUCCUUGCCCUCAGGGAAGUCACCUUCAUGGGCCUCUUCGCUAAGAGCUCCAAGGUGGCCAACUAUUACUACUCAACCCUGCAGGGCCUCACCUUCCUCGAACCGGAUCUCAUGCUUCCGGGCGCAUUGCAGCGCUUCUAUCCCAGCUUGCAGGGCCUGGUGGAGGUCCACCGCACCACUUCCAGCCUAUGUGGACUGCAAAUGAUUGCCAAUAUCAUGUCCAAGCAGAAGGGAUUCCGGUGCCACAUCACGGCGUUGCUGGCGUUGGCACUCCCUGGCAUCGAUGCGAAUGACCUGGGAAAGACGCAGCACACGCUCAACUUGAUCCAGAGCAUUGCUUACAGCAUCCCGUUUGUGCCGCUCAUAAAGGAGCACAGCGCCGUCCAGGAUACCAGUCUGGCGAUGCAGUGGGUCCAGGGCGAGAUGGAGCGCAUGGAGCGAGGAGGUCAGGAUGUCGCCAUCGAUUACAAAAGCGAACUGUCCGACGAGGACGAGGCCCAGGUCCUGCGCUCGUCGACGGCCGGCUUUAGCGAGUUCGUCCUGGCCCUCCUGGGCAAGGUCUUCACCCUCUUGGAGAACCUGCCAGAUCCCUCGCAUGUGCGCACGAGCUCUCCAGAAGAGAACGUCAUCAACACCCUCCCUGCGGCGCUGACCCCGCUGUUCGCGACCUUGUCCCCGGAGCUGUUCGACAUGACGCUCGACAAGCUUGCGACCUUCGUGUCCUCGCACGUUGUCCACCAGGCCCGGGAUGCCAUGGCGUGGAUCUGCAAUGCUCUUUGCAAGGUCAACCCCGAGAAGGCGCUCAAGGUCUUCAUCCCCAUGCUGAUUGUCAGCAUCCGCAACGAGAUCGACUACAACGGCGCGGCAUCCGAUCGCAGUAGUGGCACAGAGCUGUUGCCUCGUGAUAGGGCGCUGGUGUGGCAUGUGAGCAUACUGAGCAUGUGCGUGGUCCAUGUUGGCGGCGAGGUGCUGAGGUACAGGGAAGAGCUGCUCGGCAUUGCCCGCUACAUGCAGGAGAAGUGCCGCGGGCUGCCUACCAUUCACAUCUCAAAUUAUAUCCACCACCUCCUGCUCAAUCUGACGCACACCUACCCCAUCGACAACGCUCUCUACGAGCCGGAGCUCAUUGAGCGGGGUCUGGACAUUGACGACUGGGGCCGCACCACCGCCCCGGCCGAGCUGACCAUACGGUGGCACCGUCCUUCGUCAGAAGAGAUGCAUUUUGCUUUCCAGCUCUUCGAGAGCGAGGUCUAUUCUGCCUCGCAGAGGCUGGAGCAGCUUAUGAGCGAUGAUCCUCCGGUGAGCCGGAAGGGCAAGAACAAGGAGUGGUCCGACGAGCUAUCUAGGAGUCUGACGGCAAUCCGGCUUGUCAUAUCCGGCGCGGCGACUCUGUUCGACCCUAAGAGGGCAUCGGGGGAGUCGGACGACUGUGUGAAUGGCGACGAUAGCAUGGAUGUGGAUGGUGAUGCCGUCUUAGAGGAAGACGAUGACCCCCUCGCCGAGGUAGCAGACGACGAGGAGCUCAGGCGCCAGUUCCACUAUCCCGCGGGUUAUCUGCUCGACCCGCAGAGCCCCAUCUACUCUCGGAUCCACAACCUCCGCGAAGGAGUCGGGCAUCUCCUCUCGCGGACACACUCGUUCCUGAGCGCGAACCAGGAGGACGAUGUAGCAUGUUUCACCUCCCUCUACGCCACCUACCGGACCUGGAUCACCGACGUCGGCAUCGAGCGGUCUGCCCACCCCCUGGAGCGCUUGAUCCGACUCUACAGGGCCGAUGUCUCGCCGUUCAAGAUUAGCGGCCUGCGGAAGGCCUAUCCUCGGCCCCUACUCAUCAAACGCGCCGACGCAUACCAACUACAGCGCGUUAAGUACAACGCUACCUACCGGAAGAAGAGCGAGCUUGACAGGCGGCUCCUACUCGACCUGGCUGAGUCAUGCGUUUCCCCGUACGCCGACGUGCGGCGCGUCGCCCAGGGAGCCCAGGACUCGUCCCUCAAAGUCCUGAUCGGCGGACGGACGCUCGUCAUCCCCGUCCUCCUGGACAAGUUCCGCCAAGCGCUCGAUGCUAACGACCACGAUCGCAUCAAGGGCUCCAUGUAUACCCUGAUCUUCUCGACGCUCCUGAAGACCCUGAUGCGCGAUUGGCGGUUCGCCCCGAACUUCAUGCGCAUGUACAUAGACUCGGCCGGCAUCGACAAGCAGUCUAUCCAGGACAUUGGCUCGCAGGCGCUCGUCUAUCUGCUUGACUUUGGCAGACCCCUCGAGCGCAUGGUGCUCGUGGACCAAGACAUUGUGGACACGAUAAAGCCUCCCGAGGACUGCUCGAAGGCCAUCGAGACCCGGCACCUCUUCAUCAAGGGACGACGGACAAAGGUCGAGGACAAGAAGGCGGCACUCGGAAUCGAGCUCACGGAGCGCGCCAGGGUUUCCCACUGGAAGAUAGCGAAUCGAUGCAUCAUCUUCGCCACUAACAUGAGCGUAAGAUUCACAACCUUGGCCCCGGCCCCAUUCGUUGACCUUAUUGUCAAUGGAACCAACGACCCCCAUCCGGGCCUCCGGGGUAACUUCCAGGCGGCCUUCUCGAGUCUCUUCACCAGCAUCGACAUGCGCGCUGUCUACGGCCACUCGUACAAGGACUAUCUCCUCGAGCUUGACAAGGACGACAAUACGGUCAAGGUCAAGGUCCCGACUGACGAUCCCCGAUGGACCGAGCGAUACCUCGGCUCGUUCGAGAAGCUCGGCGAUGCCGAGUACUUCGUCGACAACGACUUCCCCGGUUGGCUGGUCUGGGGCAAGGAGUUCCUGGCGGCCAAAGCCAAGCCCGUCCCGUUCUUGGAUUACGAUGACGUCGAGACGGCUGUCCGGGAGCAGAUCGGCAAGGUCCUGACAAAGGAAUGGUUCAAACAGCACUUUGAUUACUUGAAACAGGAGCCUAGGGAGUCUAGUGCGGACCGCUUCCGGAUGCAGAACGUCAUCCUGCUCAUGCACGUCUUCGAUCUCAUGAACUACGGCAAGACGGCUGCCACGUUCGACGAUAUCAAGGAGCUGGUGAAGGAGGUCUACGGCGACGGCAGCGACAAGCACCAACAUCGUGCCACUGCCGAGAUCCUGGGAGCUCUGUUGUCGGGCACGUCGGACGACCCCCGCGAGUUCCGGGACCAGGUGUGGGCCUUUGCCGCCCCCAUGGUGCUCAAGGUCAUCGCCGACGAGCUGACCCCGGACAACCUGUCGUACUGGAUGACGUGUCUCCAUCUCACCGUCGACACCAAAGAUCCCCGGCGCUCCAAGGAAUUCAUGCAGGCUCUUUCGGCGUUCCGGCUCGACGUAACAUCGAACGCCGCCUUCAAGGAGUCAUCCAAGGUGCAGCUGCUCGAGAUCCUGAUCAACGAUGCAGGCUGGCACUUCCGCAAUGAACAGCCGAUCCUCAACGACUUCCUCGCCCACAUUGACCAUCCAUACAAGUCGGUCCGGGAGUCUAUCGGCCGAACCAUUGCCACCAUCUACCGCACUCGUUACCACGAGAGCUUCCCGAACGUCUCCACGCUGCUCGAGCAGAACAAGGCCGACUCCUCGAUUGGUCUCCGGCCGUACAAGCCGACGGAUGAAUUCGUGGCCACCAUCAAGGAGGUCUUCUCGCGCCUGGAGGAGUGGCGCAAGGAACGGCCGCCGGGACAGCAAACGCCGUCGAGCUACACGUCUGGGUCUAAGACAGUCCUCAUCUGGCUCGACAGCAUGAUCAGCUCGCAGGAGUGCACACAGCUCGCCCCCUUCUUCCCAGACCCCAUCAUAGACCAACUCCUGCACAUGAUGGAUGUCAAGGAGGAUCCCUCACUCAUGAAGCUUGCCUACCACGUCUACCGUCAAAUGUCUAACAUACCCUUCCGCGACGGCGAAGACGACGCCUUCAUGUCGGCCCUCAUCCGCAUCGGCCGGUCGUCGUCGUCGUGGCACCAGCGGCUGCGCGCCCUGGUCAACAUGCAGGUCAUGUACUUCCGGCGCAUCUUCCUCACGGGCCCGCGGCAGCGCGAGCAGCUCUUCGAGGCCGUCGGCGACAUGCUGUCGGACCCGCAGCUCGAGGUGCGCGACUGCGCGCGGGCGACGCUGGCGGGCAUGAUCCGCUGCUCGCCGGCGGCCAUCCGCAACCCGAUGAUCGAGGCGCUCAAGGCGCGGUUCGAGGACCAGCUGCGGGCGAACCCGAUGCCCAAGAGGAAGCUGCCGGGCACGGACACGCCCGUCGACACGCAGAAGCAAAUCGUGCGGCGGCACGCCGCGGUGCUCGGGCUCGGCGCGCUGGUCGAGGCGUUCCCCUACGCGACGCCGCCGCCCCGGUGGAUGCCCGAGGUGCUCGCGAACCUGGCCACGAGGGCCGCCAGCGACCGCGGGGUGGUGGGCAAGGCGACCAAGGGGAUACUCUCUGAAUUCAAGAAGACGAGGCAGGAUAGCUGGAGUGCCGACCAGAAGUAUUUCACAACAGAGCAGUUGGAGGCCCUGGAGGGCGUACUUUGGAAGAGCUACUUUGCAUAAGCUGGGGACCGGAGAUCUGGUCUGCCGACACACCCCCGGACAGGCCGCCCGGCUUCAGCCACGCCUCUCUAGAUAUCGAGAUG